ACACAUUUUCCAUACUUGUCCAGAACAUGGCGGAUCUUAUCGUUGAGGCCGGCGCCGACGGCUCCUUUGAUGCCAGUGCUGCGGACCAAGCCGAAGCUUUACGUCAACAGGGCAACGAGGCGUUCCAGCAGCGGAAAUUCCAGGAAGCCAAGGAUCUUUACACGCAAGCCAUUGAGCUGCAAAAUGGCAAUCAUUUGCUGUUUGGCAACCGCUCGGCAGCGUGCCACCACCUGAAAGAGUACGAAGAAGCUCUGGAAGAUGCGGAAAAAGCGAUCGAGUUAUCGCCAAAGUGGGCAAAAGGGUAUCUGAGAAAAGCGGCUGCAUGCGAGUCGCUGCAAGACUGGAACGAGGCAAUUGCCGCGUACGAGCAACUUUUGCGUGUGGAAAGUGAUAAAUCGUCGACUGGAGCGGAAAAAGCGGCAGACAGAGUGAAGGUCCUCAAGCGAAACGCCAAGGAAAACAAGGCGGUGAAGAAAGGUUUCCUCUCUGGCAAAGCGAAAUCCGCCAUUUAUUCGGAAAAAGAGGGGGUGGAGCAAGACACGACGCAACGAUCUUGGAAAUUGAUGUUGAAAAAGUUGCUGGACGGAUGCAACAAGCGCGGAAUCAACAGUCGCGGCGAGAGUGUUGUGCUUGACGACGGAGUGUUUGCGAAAUUGUUGCAAGAGAAUAAGUUCCAGCAGCUCAUUUACCCCGGAAUCCCAAAGGAGCAACUCGUCCACGCGCCGAAAAACUUGCAAACGUUGCUGGAAGACCCGUGGUACGAACAGGAGCUGUUGGCGUUGAUGCCAAAAGUUGAAGCGAAAGCGGCAAGUGUGUUGGCCAAUGUGAAGAAAAGAGGCGCAGAGCAGGGAGAUGUCAUGGAUCCGGCAACUGAACGCAUGCUUUUGCCUCAAGUGCUGCAAGAAGCGUUUGGCAGAGAGGUGCUGGCAAUGGUACGUCGCGUAAACUACCAGAAACACGUGAAACUGGCAAAUGACGCCAGAUUAGUUGCCGAUCCGAACUCCGACUUUGCCACUUGGGACCAAUUGGACGAUGAAUUUCUUGACGAAUUAUUCAUUGAAAAAAGCGAUGUACGUGGCGUGGCAGUCAUGGACGAGUUUAUGGGCGAGGAGUGGACGCAACUGCUGCUUAACGACGUGUUCAGGAUGGCCAAAAGCGGGUUAUUAAUGUCUGCAGUGCCAAACAUCGAUGCCAAACACGUUUUGAGUCGGCAACACGCUGAAAAUCAGUCGGAAACUUCGCCAGGAGCGAGAAUCCGCUUUGUGGAGCAUCAAGACUGUUCAGCGGAAUACCCUGCGCUGGCAGAAUUGAUCGAGAAACUGCAUGCGCUACCUUACGAGAUCAACAAGAAGCGGCCGGAGAACGCCAAACUUUGCGCGCAGUUUGUGCACUGCACUGCCAUUCAGCACUUGCCGACAGGACAUCACCAGCCUUUGCGCUUGGAUUGCGGCACUGGCGACAAGGAUAAUGGGUUUAAACUGACUUGUGUGUAUUUUUUCAAUGCGGUUGACUCACGAACGAGACUUAAGUUGCGAACGAGUCUAACCGAGAACGCUCCAGUACGGCAGAUCGACCCGCAGCCGGACAGACUCGUCAUGUUCCGCAGCCAGUCGGUGCUCAACGAGAUCACGGCAGUGCAUGAAGGCGAAGAUCUCUUCUAUCUGACGUUCUGGGUCCACGGCCAACGCCUGGAGUAGGGAAUCCAUAUGCACAACAGUAAACCUUCUACCGUGUAGUUAACCAACGCGUUGUCCCACCAUUGCGAGCCGUUGUAUCUAAGCAGCAUGAGCGGUGGGUAACGAUUUGUGAGCAACUACAGUACAUGUAAGUACGCAUCGUCCAUGCAGGGCAACGUGAGCGAACAAAAGGCAUCGCGUUUAUGCCGCGUUCGUUGUCGCUCCUUCUUCGCUCCAGUCCACUGCUGAUUAAUGUCUCGGUGCGAGUCGAGGGCUUCAUUUGCUACGCGAUAGAAUUCGUUGGACAUCUUCGGCCAAGUGUUCUUAGUCUGUUGUGUUUAGCUUUCGUUGUGUAAGCAAGUUUUCAAUGUAGUUCACCGAAGCAGACGAAGCGAGACCCGACCAGCUUGAAUUUGCGUGCGUGCCAGCGUAGCAACUCGACGUACGCGUUGGGUGCUCUCGAGGCCGCACUUUCGCUCUGGACGCAUCGACACAAUUUUUU